AUGUGCGAGAAUUGGUCCAAGGAGCUAUGGGCUUCGGCUCCAUGGUCCGUAAUCAACAAGACAGUCACACCACCUUCUGGAGACUUGCGAGACUAUAUGUCCUUUGCCGUCUACUACUGGCCAGACUGCUCGGAAGCCGGGAACACCACAGAGUUGGCGGACGAAGAAAUGUGGAACACGUGCAAGUAUGUCCGAAGAGAUGGUAUCUUCAACCCCGAUAUCUACCUCAUACAAAAUCCCCAAGCCCUCAUCAACGUCUCCAACUAUGUCUUCCUCACCGCCCUCGCCUACGCUUCCACCGGUAACCCUGAAUACUCUGCCAACCUCGACCAUGCUCUCCACACCUUUUUCGUCAACGAAAAGACCAAGAUGAACCCCAACCUCAACUAUGCGCAAAUCGUUCGAGGUCCAGGCUACAGUGAAGGCAAGCACACGGGAGUUCUCGACAUGACCGUCAUCGCCAAAAUUAUCAGCGGUGUCAACGUCAUGAAGGCCCUCAAGCCGGCGGAGUGGAGGCAGGAGACGGAGGAUGGGUUUCUUACGUGGGUGACUCAACAGAUCACUUGGAUGGAGACGAGUGAGCUCGCAUUGCAAGAACUGGCGUCUCCCAACAACCACGCCACUUUUGCCUACAAUCAGCUUAGCGCGCUCUACGCUUUUGUUGGUAACAACGACAUGGCCAAGCAAGCUCUCGAAAAGUUCUACAACGGCGUAUACCUCGACCAGAUCUGGCCCAACGGCGAUCAGUACUACGAGUCGAUGCGAACUCGCCCAUACCACUACCGAGCGUACAACCUUCUAGCACUGAUCACCAAUGCCGAGAUUGGCGACUUUGUCGGACUCGAACCCUCUGGGUGGGAGCGAAAGACAAAUUCUGGUACUGGCUUACGAGAGGCUCUGGAAUUUGCCAUGCAGCAAGACCCGGAAGCCACCAAGGAAGACAAUCAGCGCAAGCAGCUCGCGCCUUCCAUCGCCGCUGCCAUCCGCAAAUUUGGCGACCCCGACGGCAAAUAUGCCGACUUCCUCUACACUAUCGACCCGUACUAUAUCAAUCAACCUUGGUACGCGCUGAACGCCGGGAUCAGCGACUCGGGGAUCAAGUGGGGUAUACUGGAGACAACCUAUGGCCCAAUUCCAGCGCAGCCUACGCUCCCGGUACUGUCAAAGACUGCUAGUCAUGCGGCUGGGGCAAAGAGGACAUGGGCGCCGAGAGGUUCGGGUCCCAUGGCGGGUAAGGUUGCUCCGACUGACCUGCCACUGUGA